GGCCCGCAAAAGAUGGUGUUUCUGGAGGAGAGGAUGUCGGCGAUGGAGACCACCCUGGCAGUGAUGUCGAGGGCGAUGGAGCGCCUGGCGGUUUUGGCGGAGCCGGAGCGAGGAAGGGAACUUCGGGCUAGCUCAAUGUGGGACGUGAGCAUGGGAAGCAGCCAGGGCUUUGCAGACCUCCCAGCACCGAAGGGAAGGGAAAUGCGAAAGGAGCCCGGCGCCCGGCCCAAGAUCCAAACGAGCCUGACGCGGGUGGAGGAGAGUGACGACGAAGGGGAAAAGCCUCCGAGAAUCCCGGCUACGCUCCCAACUGAGACCCUGGUGCCCCUGGCGAAUGCCGGGCGUGGCACAGGACAAAGGGAAGCAGCAGCGGGGCCCACUGGCCCGCAAGGGGGCUUGCGACGGGCGGAGAAUUGGGGAUUGCCACCACAGGGACCCCUACCGAGACGAGAGGAACUAAGGAUCGAGUUUGGGGGAGAGUCCUCUGAACUGGAUUUUUUCCUGACCACGGUGAGGGGCUAUAUGGAGGACAAUGCUCACACUUUUAGAACGGAAUCCAGCCGGGUACGGGCCAUUGGUGCAGUGUUGAAGAGGGGAGCGGCCAGCUGGUACGUUCAACUGCACGCGCGGCGCGACCCAUGUCUGGGGUCACUCCGACGCUUUAUGGGGGCCCUGGAGACCCGUUUCCGAGAUCCACUGGAGCAGAUCCGGGCGAGGGAGAAGUUGAAGACCGUCUCCCAGGGGCAGAGGUCGGUAUCUGAGUAUGCGGAGGAGUUCCAAUGCCUCGCUGAAAAGGUGCCGGAAUGGUCUGCAGUGACAAAGAUAGAACUCUUCAAAGAGGGGCUCAGGCGGGAGACCCUCUCCUGGGCGGUGCAUCGUGAUGAGCCUGACACACUGCGCGGAUGGAUUCAGCUGGCGGGGCGCAUCGAGACAUCGCUGGCCCAGGCGAGGAGGCACCGAGGAGGGCUACAGCAGCGGCCGCAGAUGAAAGAGGGGAGCCGGAAGGAGGGAUCAACCCCAGCCGGGAGGAGAACGGAGCCGACAGGGAACGUGAGCGCCAGCAGGAGGGGCUGCUUCGUGUGCGGCCGUUUGGGCCACAGGGCUGCCGAGUGCUGGCAGAGAAAAGGGGAAGGCGGAGGCCCGCCCAAACCAAGAGCCGUGGCAGGGAAACGCGCCGAGGAAGAACCACCGAUGAGGCACCACUCGGGGGGGUUGGACGAAGGGGAGGAGGACGCCAUGUCAGAACCCUGCUACUAGAGCCUGGAUGUGGCUCUGAGUUUCAGGGUCACUGACAUUGAUAAGACACCUGCGUCCCAGGACUCGGAGGAGAAACGGCUGCUGGACUUGGCGGGGAAUUUGCGCGGGGUUUUACUGAGCGGGAAGAGACUGUUUAAAUGAGGGGGAGGGUAUAUAAAGGAGGGUUGGCCGGAGCCUCCCAUUCUUGGCUUUUCUGAUGUUCAUGUUUCCUACAGUAAAAGUUCCUGGUGAUACCACAGAGAGUCUCGUGUGUUCAUUCAGGAGCGGCUGUGGUGAGCUGACACCUGGCUCUGGCUCACGAAUGGGACC